AACCACCAUCUUGCCCUGAGCAAACACUUUUCUCGCCAUGUCGAGCACAUCAGUACCUCUCUUAUCUGUGGCUUUGAGCCCAAACAUCGCCGACAUACCAGUGGCGGAACAUAUCCCCGUCAAGUUUAACAAGGAGUUGGAUUAUCAAUACAUGUGGACGCUCGAAUGGAACUGGGGACUGCCUAGAGGGCAACUGCCACUGGAAAGCUCGCUGAAUCGCCUCGAGAUGCGCUCCGACAUGCUGCAACCACUUCAUGAGAUGGACUGGAUGCUCAUGCCCACAUCCGAAACUCUCAACAAGAUGAUACGACUCCUGAAGCAUAACGCCCGUGCGAAGGCAUCUUCGCGGAAGGACAUCAUGAAGGUGCUCUCCGCGCAUGAACACGAGUAUGAGCUCAGGUAUAUGCGCGUUCGUGAAGGUGCGGAGCAACCGACAAUAUAUGUCCGCAAUGGAAACGCAGCGCCAAACGCGUUCGAAUAUCCCUAUCACGGCCUACCGAAGGUCACGUCGCGCGCCCAUCCGCUCUUUGUUACCUACAUGGUGGAACGUGCUACGAUGAACGGUAUCCAUCCUGUCAACGACCGCGACUUGAAAGCGCUGCAUAUCGCGACCGCGAAUGUCGCACGGUUGUGGCUCAAUGAACCGCCCACCGAAUUCAAAUACGGACCCGACUUCCCCAGCGAACACUGCCAUCCAAUCAGCGUGGCGGGGCGCAACUUUCGUCGCCCGGCGCGCGAAAUCUGCAAAGCAGACGACUCGCGUGUGGAAGAGAAAGACAAGGGCUGCUCCAGCAAUUCCGACUCGCGAUCGACACCGACAUCCACAUCUCUGGGCAAGCGCAAGCGCGACGCGGCCGAUGACGGAGGCUCACCUCGACUGUCCCCGCGUGCUCUCGCAUCUGCCUCUGACAAGUGCUUAUACGACGAUCCUGCCGCACUACGCGCAUGGGCCGACAGCGUAGAGUCCGGAGACCCCAAUCUUCGAUCAACAUCGCCCUCUUUGACAGAGGAGGCAGAUGCUGCGCUCUCGCAAUACACGCGGGAGUCCUUUCGCUCCCCUCGACAUGUUAUGCGCACUGGCAGGAGGCUGCCGGUGGUCUCGUUUCCCAUCUAUCAAGAACGAGACUCGUCACGCUUCUCCAGCACUCAAUGGGCGGAGUGGAAAUAUCACAUCCUCCUAUGGGGCACCCGCAAUAGCAGCAGACUUCCGUAGAAUUUCUCCUUCAUCCUCUGUGCUCUUAAACGAUACGUGUAUAUCUGGACUUUUCGAAGUAUUUACAGUCCGUAUGCCUGGCCAAUGCAGUCAACUACGCGGACACAAACGUCUGUUGUGUGAUGUCGAAC